AUGGCUAUCUUAAGUCGAAGUGCAGGCAGCCAUGGCUGUCCUAUACCGGACCAUCUUGAACAACUCGACGUUGGUCCCUUCGUGGGGAACCUCACCUUCUAUCAAUUCAACAUGAUUGUAUCUGGAGUUUGCACUGCGGUCGUGUUAUUUCUCAUUUUGGGCCUUAUGGGUCGACAUGCGAUGCAUAUGAGCAAUCCUAACGAGCAACUCAAAAUAAUGCGAAUCUGCAACCUCAUCCCAUCAUAUCAAGUCCUAUCUUACAUAUCAAUCUGCUUUCCGAACUCCUACAUCUACCUCCAAGGGUUCACCGAGGUUCUACAGGGCGUCGCGUUAUACGCCUUUCUCAUGCUACUCUGCGAUUACAUGGCUCCUGAUGAUAUGAGCAAAAUGAAAUUUUUCUCUUCCCUUGAGACAAAGAGACAGUGGCAGCCGAAGAAGAAAAGGAAUGUCACCCAGUCAAUGCACGUCUACUGCCUUGAAAGCAACGCACCUCAUUUCGCUCACAUUUGGCUCGAGGUGGUUACCUCGCUGUCAACAUCGGUGGCUCUCAACGCUAUAAUCCAAUUCUAUGUGAAUAUGAAGGGGUGUAUGACAGAGCACAAACCAUUGCUGAAACUAAUGGCAUUCAAACUGAUCGUUGGUUUGAUCUUGCUCGAGAAGAUCCUGUUCCUCAUCCUUACAAGCACAAAAGUCCUCACAUACCCCGCCUCAAUGACCUACAUUGACACACUGAUGGGCCUCCCAACAAUGCUCAUCUGCGUGCAGAUGGUGCCGCUCUCCUUCCUAGUCCUUUAUGCUUACCGCACAAAACCCUACGAGAUCUCACCCUCGGUGAGCAGUCUGCGACCCCAAGCAUACCGUGCUCUCGAGUCAGACCAGGACGAGGAGGUCUUACUGAACGGCCUCCCCAGACACUAUCAAGGUGGAGCUUGGGGGUUACGUGCGUGGGCUAUCUACCUAAACCCACUCGUUCUGAUCAAAGAUGUCCAUUCAGCUUAUGUCAUGAUACAGAAUGCGCGGGGUGUGCAGAAGAUCCAAGAGAGGGAGGAACAGGAGCAGGAGGAGAUGACGAGGUAUGAGACGAGGUAUGACCCUGGUGAUGGGAGGUAA